AGCUCGGAUUCCCCGCAUAGAAGUCAGCGGUGGAUGUCGGCCAACAGGUGUUUACAUGUAAUCGAUAGUCGUCUAUAACCAGAAAAAGUGCGAAGCUCGUUUACACACAGCAGACAUCGUGACAAUGGCAGACACAUCAGAAUUCACUACAGCAGCUCAUCUGUACUAUAGAGAACCAAAAUCAUCAGGAGCCUUCGGACAUUGAACCUGAAGUCUCUCUUUCAUCAGAUGAACAUCUCGCUGUUCAUUCUGAAGCAGAUGUCCUCCACUCAUCAGUAUGGAGUGACCAUGUCGCUCAGACUCCAGUCGAUACUGCAUCAGACUGGAGCGCUGACAUCCUUCGUACUGCAUCUGACUGCAGCAUCAAUGCCAGCUUGUCUCCAGUCUUUAGCAUGUUGAACUGGAGUGGCGAUUUUGGCAAGACGUCAUCUGACUGGAACAUUUACGACGGCCUGACUCCAGCACGCACUGCAUCAAACUGGAGCGUUGAUGUCAACCAAACUCCAGUACGCACAGUGUCAGACUGGAGCACUGACAUCCUUCGUAGUGCAUCUGACUGCAGCAUCAAUGCCAGCUUGUCUCCAGUCUUUAGCAUGUUGAACUGGAGUGGCGAUUUUGGCAAGACGUCAUCUGACUGGAACAUUUACGACAGCCUGACUCCAGCACGCACAGUGUCAGACUGGAGCGCUGACAUCAUUCGUACUGCAUCUGACUGCAGCAUCAAUGCCAGCUUGUCUCCAGUCUUUAGCAUGUUGAACUGGAGUGGCGAUUUUGGCAAGACGUCAUCUGACUGGAACAUUUACGACGGCCUGACUCCAGCACGCACUGCAUCAAACUGGAGCGUUGAUGUCAACCAAACUCCAGUACGCACAGUGUCAGACUGGAGCACUGACAUCCUUCGUAGUGCAUCUGACUGCAGCAUCAAUGCCAGCUUGUCUCCAGUCUUUAGCAUGUUGAACUGGAGUGGCGAUUUUGGCAAGACGUCAUCUGACUGGAACAUUUACGACAGCCUGACUCCAGCACGCACAGUGUCAGACUGGAGCACUGACAUCCUUCGUACUGCAUCUGACUGCAGCAUCAAUGCCAGCUUGUCUCCAGUCUUUAGCAUGUUGAACUGGAGUGGCGAUUUUGGCAAGUUGUCAUCUGCCUGGAACAUUUACGACGGCCUGACUCCAGCACGCACUGCUUCAAACUGGAGCGUUGAUGUCAACCAAACUCCAGGAGCGUCAGACUGGAGCACUGACAUCCUUCGUACUGCAUCUGACUGCAGCAUCAAUGCCAGCUUGUCUCCAGUCUUUAGCAUAUUGAACUGGAGUGGCGAUUUUGGCAAGACGUCAUCUGACUGGAACAUUUACGACGGCCUGACUCCAGCACGCACUGCUUCAAACUGGAGCGUUGAUGUCAACCAAACUCCAGUACGCACAGUGUCAGACUGGAGUGUUGACAUCACCCAUACUCCAGACCGCGCCGCUUCUGAUUGGAGUGCUGAUAUCGCUCAGACUCCAGUCCGGCGCACCCCUUCCGAUUGGAGCAUUGCCCAGACUCCAGUCUACAGCACAUCAAACUGGAACGCCAAUGUCAUCCAAACUUCAGCUUGUUCCGCAGAGGUCUCUGCGUCACCUCUGACAGGGCAGCUGGAGAAAAAUGGAAAGAUGAAAAUUGAGGUCAUCAAUUCCUGCCACUAUGUGAUUGGUGAUAUGCUGGGUGAAGGGAGUUUUGGAGCCGUAUAUGAGGGGAGUCGUCUGCAGGAUGGCUUUAAGGUAGCACUGAAAUAUGUCGGAAAGACGGAGAAUGUGGAAUACAUCAGUAUCCCGGAUUAUUCCAAGCCUCUCCCAAUAGAGGUGGCACUGCACAUCCUCGCCAACAGAGGCCCCAGCAUUCCAGAAAUAAUCCAGCUGCUGGACUGGCAGGACCAGCAUGACCAUUAUAUUAUGGUGAUGGAGCGUCCCUCACCCUGCGAGGACCUAUUUGAAUUUGCGGAACGCCACGGAGGCAGCAUCGAUGAAGACUUGGCUCGUAUCAUCGUGAAGCAGGCAACGCAGGCUGCCUAUAUGUGCUGCUGUCGUGGGGUACUACACGGCGAUAUCAAACUUGAAAAUCUGCUCAUUAGUAGGGAGACCCAUGAAGUCAAGCUAAUUGAUUUUGGGUGUGGCGACUUCCUUAAGAAAUCGGCCUACAAGAUAUUCAUCGGCUCUGAUCAGUACUGCCCCCCGGAGUUUUACGAGAAGGGUGAAUACAAUGGGAAGCCAGCAACAGUCUGGUCCCUUGGCGUUCUCUUGUUCGCAUUGGUGUUUGGGGAUUUUCCCAGCGCUGAUGACUUGUACAGGAUCAAUGCAAAGACCUUCUCCAAAGCUGGCUUGUCGGAAGAAUGCUGCCAGUUGAUGAGUUCUUGUCUCCAGCAAGAGCCGGAGCAGCGGCUUCAGUUAAGUGAGAUUCUUCUCCACGACUGGUUUAAGCUCACAGACGGAGAUCCUAAAAACAGUGUAGUGAAAAGGACAGGUACCCCUAUAGUGGCUCAACCCCCAAAAUCCUUAUCAUUGCUCCAGAGGUUCUCGUCAAAUCCACAAGCAAGGCAACUUCUCCCCAGAGUUCCCUGUUCUGGUUCCCUGUCCAGUUCCCGGUCCUGCCCAAAUCUCCAUUCAAAGUAAACAAU